GGCUCUCCAACCUCUCCCAGCCCUCCAGCUCUCCAAGCAAUGACCUCAUUGCAAGACAGUCUGAGCUGGUGGCUCCCUCCCUAGUGGACCGGUGCGGGGAGCGGGAGCAAUGACGCAAUCGGAGCUGGGUCGGUCCUGGCCACUUUGGAUUGGCCACGCAGGCUCGUGGGGAACCCCUCCCACUAUCCCUGGAAUAAGAGCCAAGAGCUCCGCUGGGAAGACACCCACAGCAGGCGUUGUGUCCAUCCAGGGGGACCGGCUGCUGGCACUCUCCUGCAACUCUAUUCGCCAGAGAGGCAUCAUGGGCUUCGGGAAGUCCUCCCCCUUCUUGGCUCUCAGCAUCUUGGUCCUGUGCCAGGCUGGCGGCCUCCAGGCAACACCGCUCAGGUGGGCCUUGGAGAGCCUCCCAGACCCAGAACUUGCUGCUCUCAAUGAGAAGGAUGGGCGCCUCCUACUGGCUUCACUGGUGAAGGCCUAUGCACAGAGGAACACCAAUGAGCUGGACCAGCCUGAGGAGCAGGGCCUGGAGGGAGAGGACUCCAGUGUCACUCCCAAGAAGAGAAGCUGCAACACUUCCACUUGUGUGAUCCAUCGGCUGGAAGACAUUCUGAGCAAACAUGGGGGGAUGCUUAAGGAAGACUUUGUGCCCACUAAUGUGGGCCCUGAUUCCUAUGGCCGUCGCCGUAGGGGACUUCAGGCCUGAGCUGCUAAAGGACUCCAGGAAGAAGGUUACAAUGAAUCUGAACUCACCACUUCUAUUAAUUUCUGUUGACAACAACUUGGUGAGAAGACCCCAGGGAUAAUAUACAUGUUUGCAUCCAAAUAGAUUUAAAAAAAAGCACCUUUGCACUAAAAAUAAUAAAAAAUAAAAAAAAAUAAAUUAAAUGAAAAAUAUACUACAAAUUCCAUAUUUGUUGUGCAUCAUUUUUAUAUUUGAUUCUAUGUGCAAUAAACGUGAUGACGUCUCUCAUCAGCUUACCUGGUAGCAAACUGGUUCUUUGAGAGCUAUCCUGUUGUUCAUGGCGGCUUUGCCAAACCAAAGGAGACAUGAAAUCACUGCCUUUUGUGAUCUCUGGGGUGAUGCUAUGCUUUGUUUUAAUGGUGAUGCUAUGCUUUGUUGUCUAAGAGCUUGAUUGUAUAAUUUAUUUAAGAAAAUGUCAAUAUUGUGUCAUUUGUGAACUUCAUCAAGAUUAAAAGCAUAUUUUGGAUA